AUGACUGACAAUCUUGACGAAAAUGCGACUGGGCAGGAGCCACUUCCUGCCCCUCAGCCAGGGAGCGGUCCCAAGGCUCUGGCCAAGGCUUACAACAAGUUCAACGCUCCUCUGCCAGCAGACCUUGCUAGCGCUGUGUCUCGCAUUGACAACGGAGGUUUGAGCGUCGAGGAGAGAGCUGCAAAGAGACUUAAGACGGACAAUGCGCUUGAAUCCACGAAUGCAAGCAAAGGUGACAAGGGCGGUGAGGAGGCGGAGCAAACCAACGGUACUGGCGAAAGUAAAGCUGCAGCCGGCGUUGACGGGCAAAGCGACCGCCGUGCCGGACUGGCAGCCAUCAAGAAGGAAUUUAUCGUUGAUGUGUCCACCCUGAAGAACCCAAAUGCUGAAGUCUUGGACGACGAUGCAGCAGAAGGUCGGGUAGGUGGUGAUGCAAGAGACGCUAGAGAUGGUGGUGGCAGAGGCAAAAAGGGCAAGAAGGAAAAGAGGAAGAAGGGUCAGAAUACCGAGCGCAGCUUCGGCAGCUCCCGCGACUCCAUCCAGCUCUGCAACAGCCGCGCCUUAUACUCGGAAUUCUCCCCCCAUGACUGCAAGUUUGGUGACAAGUGCCGCAUGUCACACGAUUUGCGUAAGUAUCUGGAGGAGGGACGGCGAGAAGAUGUCGAGACCUUUGACGGAAGAUGCCCAGUCUUUGAACAGUACGGCGUCUGCUUCUCUGGUUGGAAGUGCAGAUUCGUCAAGAGUCACAUGAAGGAGAUGGAGCACGAGGACGGCCGGAAAGAACUUACUCUCAUCGAUAGAUCCAAAGACGAAGAGUUUGCGGGACAUGAUGGAUCCAAGAAGGUUCAGGUGUCAUCUGGAGACGAAACAGACGAGCGCCGUCCCGGGGUUUACAACAAUGUUGACAUGACCAUCAAGAUUGAGAUGAACCGUAAGCGCCUCGACUUUGCCAAGGCAGACGAGUACAUCAAGUGGAUGAACGACGAAUCAAGUCUCAACCAAGAAUUUCAUCACCGUCGCAAGGGUCAGUCUAACGAGGGCAUCGAAGACCUUCGCGCGCGCUAUGUCGACCCCCCAUUCAAGCCGUCUGAAAAGCGCCGCUUGUAUUUUGGUGCAGAGACGCCUACGCUGGCCCCUCUUACAACCCAGGGCAACUUGCCAUUCCGCCGCCUUUGCGUCGAGCUGGGCUGCGAGCUCACCUAUUCUGAAAUGGCUAUGGGAAUGCCCUUGCUUCAAGGCUCCAAAUCCGACUGGACGUUGCUUAAAGCGCACGAAUCAGAAAUUGCUCCCCCAGCCUUCAAGCCUGGCAAAAACAGCUUUGUCUUUGAUAAAUACGACCAUUCACGAGAUGUCAGAUUCGGUGCCCAAAUCUCGGCCAACCAGCCGUGGAUAGCCACAAAGGCUGCCGACGUCCUGAACCGCUUCUGCCCCCACCUCCGUGUCAUUGACCUGAACUGCGGCUGUCCCAUUGACAUGGUGUUUAAAACUGGUGGCGGCUCGGCACUGCUCGAGUCUCAAGGGAAACUCGAGCGCAUGAUCCGCGGCAUGAACGCCAUGUCGGGAGAGAUUCCCAUCACGGCCAAGAUACGAACUGGCGUGAAGAGUUCUCGACCGACCGCCCCAGCCGUCAUUGGAAAGCUUGCAUUUGGUUCGCGCGAGCACCGCGAACGCCUCGGUGCCCCUGGCUGUGCGGCCAUAACCCUCCACGGGCGCAGCCGAGAGCAGCGGUACAGCAAGCGCGCUGACUGGAGCUAUAUCAGCGAAUGCGCUGCUCUGAUCAAGACCUACAACAACCAAAAGGACGCUCUGACAGAUACUAUAGCGGAACCGGAUGCCAGCACUUUACCCAACGCCAAGGACGGCCGCCUCUACUUCCUCGGCAACGGCGACUGCUAUUCACACGUCGAAUACCAAGAGCACAUUGAACAGGCACGCGUCGACACGGUCAUGAUUGGUCGCGGGGCUCUGAUCAAACCUUGGCUCUUUGAGGAAAUCGAGAAAGGUCAGUACCUCGACAAGUCCGCCUCUGAGAGAUUGACCUAUGUCGAGAAGUUUGUGCGGUACGGCCUCGACGCAUGGGGCUCAGACGAGCUGGGCAUCGGCUUCACCCGGCGCUUCCUCCUCGAGUGGCUCAGUUUUGCCUAUCGCUAUAUCCCCAUUGGCCUGCUCGAAUACCUUCCGCCCAGCUUGAAUGACCGUCCCCCAGCCUACGUCGGCAGAAACGAUCUCGAGACCUUGAUGGCAAGCGGCAACUACAAGGACUGGAUAAAGAUUACGGAAAUGUUUUUAGGUCCCGUUCAUCCGGGGUUCGAGUUCCAGCCUAAACACAGAUCGAAUGCUUACGAAGCAGAAGGGUAG